AUGGCUCCCACUGCAACCGCUACGGCCAACAUUGUUGUGCCCGAGGCCAAGCCUGUAUUCCAGGCGGCCAACCCCAAGGGUCUGGCUGACAAUGUCAUGAAGCCCACCAAGACCACCUACGGCGACUGGCGCAACGACUUCUUCCGCGAUGGCUAUGUCGUACUUCCUGGCGUGCUCUCGAGUGAGAAGGCCGAGCACUACCGAAGCAAGCUGCUCGACUGGAUCACUGGCUUCAAUCUCGGCCUCGACCUGAACGACGAAUCGACAUGGACGCAGGAGCACCUGCCUCAGAGCUUCAAGUCGAUGUUCCUCAACUACUGCGCUCCUCACGAGCGUUUCAUGUGGGAGGCUCGCUGCGAGCCUACCGUGAUCGAGCCGUUCGCCAAGCUCUACGGUACGGACGAGCUGCUCGUCAGCUUUGACUCGUUCAACAUCGGCCUGCCGCGCCGCAAAGACCUUACCUUCAAGCCAUGGCCGCACUGUGACCAGAGUGCGGACAGGAAGGGUCUGGCUUGCGUGCAGGGUAUCCUGAACCUGUACAACUCGGGACCUCAGGACGGUGGACUGAUCGUGAUGAAGGGAUCGGCGCCGCUGUUUGAAGAGUUCUUCGAGCAGCUGCCCAAGGAGAAGCGCUUCUUCUCGCCGCACGUGCACAGCGACUUUUACGCAUUCAACGAGGAGCAGGUCAAGUGGUUCGAGGAGCGCGGCUGCACGCAGUACAAGGUGGAGGCCAAGCCUGGCGACCUGAUCUUGUGGGACUCGAGGACGAUGCACCACGCCGCCUUCCCGAUGGGCAACGAGAUCCGCACCGUCAUCUACACGUGCUUUGCACCCGCGUCGCAGAUUUCGCCCGAGGACCUUGCCAAGAAGCAGGAGCUCUUCAACCGAUGGGAGGGCACCACGCACUGGCCGCACUGCAACAUGUUCGGCCAGGGCAAGGCCAAGAAAGAUGGCAAGCGCGAGUCGGAAGAGAUCUGCCCUCACGAGCGAGACGAGCCGAUCGAGAAGCCGAUCAUCACCGAGCAGAUUAAGAAGCUUGCCGGUCUGAUUCCGUACUGA